AUGGCAGACAAGUACAUACUCAAAGUAACCGCCGGACCGGGCUACGACACGGCAGACCACGUCUCGGUGCCCGUCAACGACGCCUCUACCGUCAAGAUCAGCUCGGAGCUAGCGGACGUCGAGCUCAACGUGCGGAUCCAAAACUACGGCGGGCUCCCUCGGGGGUCGGACAAGACGUCGUCGUAUUUUUCUACGGAGCCGCAUAAGGCGAAUAACGACCAGUACAGCAUCUGUUUGCGGUUCACGCCGAAGAAGCCAGAGGGUUCCUCGGAGCGGGGGAUCUCGGGGGAAGAUUUACAGUUCGGCAAUGACUUUGAUCAUCCGAUUCGGGACCAUUUGCCCCCGGGGUUCCAGACGGCGCUGAAUAUCGUCAAGUGGUUGAUCGACCCCGGUCUCGAGGGGGAUGCGUACGCCGACGCGCCGUAUUUAUUCGGCCCGGCGUUGAGUUCCUUCAACACGAUCUACUGCGGUCGCGGAAGCGAGGACGCGGAAAAGGGAGGUUUGGUGUUCGAGGAAGGUGGGGAUGAGAAGGGCGGAUCGAAGGGGAGGGAGGAGGUGGGUGCGCCGGGGACGGGGAAGGAGAGGAUGAAGUGGGCUUUGAAGGCGGAGAAUAAGAAGGCGUGGGUGUGGGAGUUUGGGAGGACGUAUGGGUUGGAUUUCUUUAAUCCGUAUUUGGAUUUUGAGAGGUUUGCGUUGAGGUUGCCGGGGUUUAGGCUGUCGAUUUUGAGGUAUUGGGAUGGGCAGGGUCUGAGAUACGUCCUACGUAACAAGCAGACAAAGGAGACAUAUCUCGUCGUCAUGUUCUCCCUGUACCUCAAGGAAGACGUCAACGAAGACGGGACGCUUAAGGUCUCGGAGGAGGAAGCCAAGAGCAGGGCGGCGAUUGCGAGACCCACGAGUCCGUCGAGCAGCGACGAUGAGGGGGAGGAGCAGAAACCGUUGCCAGAGUUGGCGUUGGUUGAUAAGAAGCUGGCUGAGACUAGGCUGAAUGAUGUGGAUUAA